AUGACAGAGAACGCCCCCCGUUUGCCCAACGACCCAAUUCUUGCCAGGCUGCUUGAAGCCGCCCGCCGUGUACCGAAUUCGGAGGUCAUAAUCAAAGACUUUGUCGGUUUCGAGAAGACGUACCCUGAAAUCCUGAGUGAUGUCUUGAUCACGCGCGAUCAGUUAAAAUCCUUGUUGUCAGCCUCUAAUUUCGACGCAAGAGGUCUCCUUCGUGACGAAUCGGUAUAUAUCACAGCUCUCACUCGAACUGGCUAUGAAUACGUUGUAGCCUUCUUUGCCGUCAGAGCUUUGGGAGGAGCUUACGUGCCACUGGAUCCUAGAGCAGGCGUCGAGAGACAGGCUUCUGUUCUCUCCAGGGCAAAGUCAAACUGUGUUUUGUUUGACCGCGGCUGCACUGCUGAGCUCGAACAACUACGUAUCAAUGCGAACAAGACCGAUGGGAAGUCCUUGCUUGUGCUUCCUGUCGUAUGCAACUCGCCUAUUCUGCCAGGAAUUGAGAAUAUCAGUAUUGAUGAAGACCUCUAUUUGGACCCCAAUGGUCCUGGGUUUGUGUGCAUGACAUCAGGCACUACUGGCUACUCCAAGGGUGUUGUAAUCCGAAGGACAUGCCUCACGUCUCACCCAGUAUGGCUCACGUCUGAAUCAUCUGAACCGCUUGAGAAGCAAAGUGGCGCCCAGAUCAAUUACAACGAGAGCCACUGGCUCGGUGGUGCCAAGAACGUAAUUGAAAGCAUAGCCCUCGGCAAGAAAGUAUUCGCCCUCGAAUGCCCGGCUAGCUCUAAGGACGUGCUUGAGAUCUUCCGCAACAAUCGGAUCACUUACUUUAUUUUCAAUCCAGCGCUUCUUCGGGGUAUGAAGGACAUCCUGCUGGAUGACGAAGAAUUCACAAAGGAAAGACAAGAGAAAUUUUCAGCCUAUUUCAAGGGGCUAGAUUUCUUCUUGUGUAUUGGGGGUCUGGUCGACCAACCGACGGUAAACUUUUGGGAAGCAGUCAUUGGGCUUCCGCUCCAGAAUCGAUACGGGGCUAGCGAACUGACGGGGCUAGUGACAUUGGGUUUGACGCAAACUUAUGGCUCCGUCGGAAAGCUUUUGCCUGGUAUUGAGAUGAAAUUGUCUGAGGGCACGCACGGAAGAUUGUCCAUUAGGACUCCCGACAGAUUUCUAGGUUAUCUCGGUAAUGAAGAAGCAACUCGCGCGGUAUUCGAUGAGGAAGGAUACUAUCGAACCGGAGAUAUGGCUGAGCUUAGAGACGGCGAGAUAAUUUUGCUUGGCCGCGAGCGGGAUGACUAUAUUACUUUUGGUCAAUCUCGAACCUCAGCUCUUAAGGUCGAACGUCACUUGAUGGGACUGCCUUACAUUGCUGAAGCCUGUGCUGUGGCCAUCCCUGUGGAGGAAAACAAGCAGCUAUGUGGUGCUGUUGUCAGACUCAAAGAUGGUUCCAAGACGACGUUGGCCCGAAUCAGAGCAGAUCUUCAGGCCGAUCUGGACGUCCUAAUGCUGCCUACUGUUUUGCGACAUCUGCCGCCUCAUGAAGAAUUACCACGGACAGCCACAGGCAAACCCAUCAAAAGACAAGUCAUUGAAGAUUUCUUUUAUGAUGGUGACUGUGGCAGGGACUUUUUUGCUGUGGCUAACCCGCCACCUGAUGUCGAGUUUUGGGGCAUACCUAUAGAAGCGUAG